AUGCAAGUCAUCAAUGAACAGGCUGUGAAGGAACGGCGGGACUUGGAACGCGUAAGCAAAAAGUUGGAGAAGAUCGCAGCGCGUCAGAAACAGUUGGGCAAGAAUGCAGCCAACCUCAAUGAGCACUACAUGUGUACGUGACAUCCUUUGACCUUGCGUUUUUUAAUGCUCACCGGAUUGCAGGGCGCCAACCUCCCAGCGUCCAGGUUUUUCAUUCACUCCGCCAACAUUGGUCGAUGUACCCAGUGUUUCCUGCAUAUUUGCCUGUUAAAUUUAUACCGGAAUUUCUGCACCUAUGUUUGGUGGCCAAAAAAGUCAAAACUCCAGUUAGCUAAAGAAAGUGCCUGGUGGCUAGGCAGUAAUGGACUUCGGUUUGGUAAUACGCGUAUGUCUCAUCCGGUAGAACCAACAUACCGACCACCCUCAGGGUUUUUAUUGAUCUUCUGCCCUCCAAACGUCAUUAAGAUCGUGUGCUUGUCAGGUUUUCCAUUUGAAGAAGAAGAAGAAGAUAGGCUCUCCGGAACGGGUUUAUUUACCUGCUGACGUUUCAAAGAGCUGGGUCGGCUCUUCAUUGUCAAAGCGUAAAGUUCACUUAAUCGAUCAGAAAGUUAACUUAAAGUGGCAAGCUGUGUUGGCCGGCCUCAUGCUGGUCGAUUUUUCCCCCUCUCGCUGCCUCGUCCUCUCGGGAGAUGGUUGACGGGCGUUUUGGCUGCGUGCUUUGUGAGUCACUACUCCGUCGAGGGGAGCUGAUUGAAUCUCUGUCGGCCGAUCGGUCUGGCCGUUCUUGUUCUUCCUCACCGAGUAAACUCAGCGUCAGGCUAUCUUCGUACGGCCUUCUGAAGUCCGGUGUGGUUGUUUGGUCCUGAGCUCUACGAUUGUGUUGACGUAGGACUUUGUAAGCUGCAGGAAGGUCCACAUGCCUGUUGAUAGAGUGAUCAUAGGAGAACCACGCCUCGAGAGUUAGCCGUUCUGCUUUUGUAUUGCCUCGCCCUAAGAUAGUAGCCCUCUGGAGGUCAAAAGUAUGCCCUGUUUCUCCUACGUGUGUUGCUAGUUGAGAGUUAGGGUCUAACCUCCGAGUGGCCGAUUUGUGUUCUUGUAGGCGAGUUUGCAAUUUCCGCCCGGUUUCGCCCACAUAGUUGCAGUCGCCCUCAUUGCAAUUUAUAUUGUUGAUGACUGCUGAGGUUUCAGCGGGUGGCAAUGGGUCCUUGGGUUGCAUCAGGCGACGUCGAAUUGUUGCCUGGGUUCGAUGGGCUAUGCCUACUCUGGUGGGUUGUCACAGUCGCGAGACCGCUUCAGAGACCCCUUUAACGUAAGGAACGGCCCUCCAGACUUCAGGUUGCUGCUACUUUGGCCGUCGUCUGGGCGCCCAAUGGCUGCUUCUCUCGAUGAUGUGUCUAGGAUAACCAUUGGCGGCAAAUAGAUUCACAAGUUACAAUCGUUCGGCAGUUAAAUAAAUCUGUUCUGGAGAGCCUAUCUUCUUCUUCUUCUUCUUAUUCUUCUUCUUCAAAUAAUCUUCCCGUAUCUCUCAACUUUGCCAAUCUGAACAGGUUUUUAAUUGUUGGAAUGUCUGUGGUUUGCCUCAAUGGGAACUCUUUAUGCCUCCGGUUAGAGCAGUGAUUGCAUACCUAACCAAUUUCAGAAAUGUACUAAUCACCUUUUGUUUUUUUCCCACGCCUAGUGAUAAGAUCCGGCGAUUAUUACCUCUUUGAGGGUGAUCCGGAGGAGGAAGAGCAGGACUCUGGCAGCGACGGUGAUACCAAAUCUGGCCACCAGCGUGGGUCUGGUCCUGACGGGGAGCAGUACGCUCAGCCUGGAUCGGAGAAGGCCGACAGGUGGACUGGUGGAGGUAUGAGUGGUGAGCUGGACAGCAGUCACUACAAGAUGCAACGUCAACACCUUCGUGAUGCCUGGCCAACCAUAGAGACCAAUACCCUGGACGUCCUCGGCCACUAUACUGAUCCCUACACUUCCGAUCGGUAAUUUCACAGUAUACAGACGGCCUUCUCCAACUGAACCCUCUCCUUAUUUUUUUUCUAAAAUACUCAAACCGCUAGUUUUAGUACGUGAACCUCUGGGCUCGAAGGGGGUCCAUGUUUCUUCUUUACCUCUUAAACUCGCAGUUACCAACUCCCCAAUGAUUGGAGUUGAGGUCUGGUUUCUGUGACCUGGUAGCCUAAAUUGGGACAGAAGGCGAGUCGUUUAUGCCCUCAAAAGAGCGGCAGAUGUCUCGUAGGACACUUACAAGGGUCGAGUUCCAGGAAGUAGUUGCCAAGGCGACACAACUUCUGGAACAGGAGCUUUAUUAGCCCGACGUUUCGGAUUCUCGCUGGAAUCCAUCUUCAGAGACAACAUCAGAUGAGGGCUGUAGAUUGCUCAGGCGUUGCUGUAUUUAUAGGAGCUAGUUGCUAGGUUACUAGAUGGCUAUCACAAUUGCCAACUCCUGAGUGCCUCACGGUCCCACUGGCCAGGUGUUGCAGUGUGCAGUUGCCAUGCGCCUGCACGCCGGUCAAAAUUACCGACUCCCACCCUCAUCGCACGCAUUCGAGUUGCUAACUGCCGGGUUUCGUCAUCCACGUGGACACUAGGGUAAUUUGGCUCACUAACAUUGACACCAGGAACAAUGGCCCUCCGCAUGCUCUAUGCGUGGCUGAUUACCUUGCUUAGGCAAAUUCUCAUCGCCGAACAUGGAGCGGGGAGGUUGUUGCGCUUGUUGAUUGAUUGAAGGCCGGAAAACCAUGACUCGAGCAGUUCGCGGCUCACUCGGUUGCCACCUCCCGCGAGAUUUUUGGCUUCAUCAAACUUGAAUGCUUGGUUGGGUCCCGUCGAAUGGGCCGUGACUUUGGAGGUGGCUUCGUUCCUCCUCACUCCAGCUGCAGCUGCGGGCUCGGCCAUCCGUGUCCGGAGUAGUCCUCAUGUUUCUCCGACCUAGUAAACAGAAACCGUCUCACUGAUUUCUGAUCAACUACCUUUUCCCGGACCCUUCCGGAUCGCGUUUUCUGUAAAGCACAUAUAUGUCACCUCUAUUUCCAGACCUACAGGCAGACAGAGGCCAGACACCGGUCGCAAAGACAGACGCCGAAAGGUCUCAAGAGGUGUUGGACAGUCUGGCAAUCUUUCCUCCUCUUCGGAUGACUACAUCUCCGCACCAUCACAGCAGCACAACAGUACCAGGCCCGGCUACAAAUCCCACCGUCGUUUGGCCUCCUAUCCGGAAACGUACAGCUGCCCUCCAACUAGUCAAAAGGCUCCCCAAGAGGCCAUAGAGAUGCGGGUUAUUAACAGACGCGGCACGCGGUUUCGCUCUCGAAUUGCUGCCGAUGCAGCACGGAGCCCUCCGCGCGGGGGCCUCCCAGCCGCUGGGGCCACCACGAUCACUGCCAUUGCUACCCCUAGUUUUGAGUCUGCGCAAUCUCACGGUGCCACCACCAGGCCCUCUUCGCUUGGCCAUAGGCGCAUUGCUUCUGCGGGCGCUAUUACACCUAGCUCUGGCCCUUCGGCACGCACUCCCAACCUACCCUUCUCCUCUUCGGCCCAGCCAAUCUCCGCGACAAACAAACCCUCCGCCAAUGCAUCAGAGACCGGAGAGCUGCCCUCACCCAGCACUGGAGCCAUCCGACCUUCUGUUGUGACUUUCGCCCAGCCUGCUAGAUCUGAGGAAUGCAGGCUAUUCCAUCGGGCCGAGGACGUCGACGCGGGUAUGAUGGCCGACGCUGACGAUGAUGAUGACGAGGAUGACGCAAAUCCAGCCCAGACCCCCGCCUCCCGUAUGAACCCCUUGCAACUCCUUAAUCAGGCCAUUGAGCAUGGCGCCCGGAGCACCGUACGGCAGUACCGCAAAACGAUGGCAGCUUAUCAGCAGCAAAGCAUGAUCGGUGGGGAACCGGAGUCCGGACACAGAAGAACCUCUUAUCAGGGCGACGGAAAUCUGCGGAGGACGGUAGGACUGUGUUUUUUUGGCUGCAUGGGGACUUCUGGGUGUACCAUUGCUCCCUGAAUCACUGCCCUAGGUCUCGUUUUAUUUUGUAGAAAACUGACAGGUCCCUCAACGAGCCUCGCUCUGCCUCCCACCGUCUGCGACUGGGCGACCUUCCGGACGGAAGCCCCAUUCACAGAGGUCCACUGGAGCGCAGACCGAAGAACAAACCAAAAUUCACUAAAUCGGAGUCCUUUGACCAGGACGCGUAUGCCGAGCCAGGUGACGGCAAACUGGUUGUGCAGGCACAUGUGAGUUUUUUUGUGUCAAAAACACACACCUUACUUUACAUACAUUGUCGUACUGUUGACUGGGUCGCAUAUUCCUCCCAGGACUCGGGCAUCGAGUUACGCCCCCUUCGUGACCGCCAGACCGCUGCGCCACAAGAUGCCAGUCGUCACGCCAGCGUUGCUGAGGAAAUCAUAGUGCCUACAGAGGAAGUGCACAGAACGAGUCGCUGUAAGUCGCCCUUCUCCCUCCUGCCACGCCAUUCAACACAACAUUCGGCUCGUUGCUUUCAGACACAUUGCUCAACCGUACUCUCGCAUUCGUUUCUUUGCAGCGGUCGAGAAGGAGAGUUUUUGGAGUCGUUUCAAGGCCAGUUGUCUCAUUUGCCACAUGUUCUUCCUAAGCACCAUCGACAGAACUAUUCGUCUCCUAAAUGGGGUUACUCGGGAACACCGCCGAGUACGCCGUACCAUUGAUUUGGAGAAACGAAUGGUCAAGCGCAGGGUGUUGGCUAUUGUGGAGAAGUCAACAGAAGAUACUCAGUGAGUACCGGUUCCUGUCCCAACUAUUUACUAUAUGUAUAUAUGUGGCAGAUGGUUAUCCCGUACCCCUGACUUAGGCGCUGGCUGAAAGUCCAGACACGCGUUACACCAAUGUGAUAAAACUCGUGUCGUCCGGCGGGGCCUCCUAGCUCAGGUAGUUAGAACGUUGGCUGUACUGAAGCCUGCCCCUUACUGCGUGGGUUCGAAUCCCACCGAGGCGCCGAGUUUUUCACAGUUGGGUCAAUAGGAAUUAUUCAAAAUCUGCCAAAAUACCUAUGAAACUUUAUUUCGUAAAUUUUCGAGUCUAGUUCCCCAGUUCGUCUUCAGACCUGUAGUAAGUGUGAAGAAACAGUCAAAAUUUAAACAAUGCCGAAAAAAUAGAUAUUACUCUGUCAUGGCUGAGGAUGGGUUGAUGCUGUGGGCUGAUGUCACGUCUUGAUUGGCUAUUACCUUUUUCAUUUUUCCUUGAGAUUUGUGUACAUGGCGUCAAGAUCGAUGCGUCGAUUGAUGCAUGAAUCAUCAGAGUGAAUGGCCUCUAGGAAUUCUCGGCCU